AUGAAAGUCCACUGCUAUAACAUAUUAUUAUUUUCUUUUACAUUAAUUAUAUUGUUAUUGUCAUCAUCGCAGGUAAAUAACCAAAUGAACCAUUACAAUACAGCCCAUAUGAAAAACACAGAACCAAUAAAAUCAUAUAGAUCAUUAUGCGAAUGUGAACUAUAUACAUCCAUGUAUGAUGAUGACCCAGAAAUGAAAGAAAUAUUGCACGAUUUUGAUCGACAAACAUCACAACGUUUUGAAGAAUACAAUGAACGCUUGCUCGAAAACAAACAAAAAUGUAAAGAACAAUGCGAAAAAGAUAUACAAAAAAUUAUUUUAAAAGACAAAUUAGAAAAAGAAUUAAUGGACAAAUUUGCCACACUACACACAGAUAUACAAAGUGAUGCUAUUCCAACAUGCGUUUGCGAAAAGUCAAUAGCAGAUAAAAUGGAAAAAGAAUGUUUGAGAUGUGCACAAAAUUUGGGAGGUAUUGUUGCACCCUCUUCAGGCGUAUUAGCAGGAAUUGCUGAAGGUGCUCUAAUUGUGUGGAAACCUGCGGCAAUUAAGGCUGCUAAGGCUGCGGCCGCUAAAGCUGCGAGUGAUGCUGCUACGCAAGCUGGUAUGAAUGCUGUCAGACUUGAAAUUAAAAAAUUACUUGAGAUGUUUACUGGUAAACCAGGAUAUGUUGAUUUGCUACCAAUUGUUAAGGAAUCAACAUAUAAAAAUGGUUCUGCUCUAGUUGAUAGUGCUAAGAAACUAUUUGUUGAAUCCGGUAAAUUAGAAGGACUUGAUAGAAUGCCUGUUUUUUAUAAUACCGUAAUAGAUUACCCGGGUCCAUCUAACAUUAAGGGUUUCGGAAAAAUUGGUAGUGAUGCAUAUGAGGCGGCAUUCACAUCCCAAAAAGGAACACUUGAAGCAACAAAGGUGGGUGAAGUAAACACUACAUAUGGUGGUUGUCAGACUGCUAUAACUGCUUCUGUUAUUGCAAUAGUGGUCAUAAUUUUAAUUAUGGUAAUAAUAUAUUUAAUUUUACGUUAUAGAAGAAAAAAAAAAAUGAAGAAAAAACUCCAGUACAUAAAAUUAUUAGAAGAAUAA